AUGAAGAACUCGCCGCUGGACUGGUUGCUGGCCGUCGUUUGCGCACUUCUGCUCCUUCAGGUGGCCCACUCGGCCAACACUGCGUCCGUGCGCUCUAUCUGCGCCCAGCCCGAAGGCCUCCCCGCGCCUCUCAAGGGCUUCUGCAGCUGGCUCUACUCGGACGAAAAUGUCCAAGUCAUUCGCAGAGCGCCUGCUCAGCAAGUAUUCAGAUUGCCCAGAAGAUUUCCAUCAGACGGAGCAGAACUGGAGCCCCUAGAGCCGCCAGCAAUUCCGCGACAAGACCGGUAUUUGCAGGAGCCGUCCGCCUGGGAAACCAUCAAGAGACAGGACAACAAUCACAUGUUCCUCAGGUUCGGACGCAGACGGAAGUAGCCCAGCUCUUAUGCAACCUCCUACUCUCUUUCUCAUUUAACAUGUACACCUUUUUCCGACUACUUCACAUCCGUUGUGUGACCACUUUUUGUUAGAACAUGUGUUACUGUAUUUUAAGAACUUGAUCUCCUAUGCCAAAUAAAAUAAUCGUCUCAAGGUAG